AUGUCAAUGAAAUGGAUUUGGAGGUUUAGGGCUAGGGUUUGGGGCGGUGGAGGAGCUACUGCUGUUGUUGCAGAAGGAGAUCAUGGGGCAGUGUUUAGGGCGGUGCUGGUUUUGGUUCAUGAGGUGAAGAUGGACGUGGUGGUAAAUGGCUGGUUAAGAAUCAAAUUGGAUGAUUUACUGAAGGACUCGGUGAAGUUGGGUUUUUUGGAAAAUGAGUUAAUUCAGGUGAAUGAGUUUCAUGGGCAAAUGCCACAUGGUAGAGGAGGAAAAUUUGGAAUCUUUCGAGUUCGGGAAGAAUCAGAUCGUCGAUUGAGUUCGGAGUUGGGUUUUCCCCCUUGUUUUGUUGAGUUGACCAAGGCAGGCAGCGGUGGCUUUCAGAAGCAAAAACCUGAGGUCAAGGUGUGCAUUGCUUUGGUGCUCUGCUUGGAAAUAAUUAUUAUUAAAACGGAGAGUUCGCUAUCUGAUCGGGCCUUUGAAGCCCAGUUGGCAGUUCACCUGACAAAAAAAAGGUUUUGGAUCGAUUUUCUUCAAAUCUUGGGUCAUUUUGCACAAAGGAAGCACAAGAAGGCGAUGAGGCCCAGCAGGGGUUUGGGUAAUCACGCCUCACAGGAGUCCUUGUUGCCUGAGGCGGUGGAAGAUGAGGAAUGCCCUUUUUAUAAUGGGGACUAUUGUGAAUUCCGAAGCCCGAUCAAGCGUUCGGAGGAGAUUCUCAUGUACAGGAUGCAGCAUGGAUUAAUUUGCAGGGAAUUUCCUGUUAAGGAAACAUAUAAUCUGAUUCGCUCGGAGGAUGAGAACGGGCAAAAGAUGGUGAAUGAGUAUGUCCGCGAACGCAAAAUUGGUGCUGGUAGCUAUGGAAAAGUGGUUCUUUACCGAAGCCGUUUAGAUGGGAAAGAAUAUGCAAUAAAGGCAUUUCACAAGUCUCAUUUAUUGAAGUUACGGGUUGCGCCUUCAGAAACAGCAAUGACUGAUGUUCUUCGUGAGGUUUCAAUCAUGAAAAUAUUGAACCACCCAAAUAUAGUUAAUCUCAUUGAGGUUAUUGAUGACCCAACAACAGAUCACUUCUAUAUGGUUCUUGAAUACGUGGCAGGCAAAUGGGUCUGUGAAGGUUCUGAUCCUCCAUGUGGUCUUGAAGAAAGUACCGCAAGGAAAUACUUGCGUGAUAUAGUUGCUGGGUUGAUGUAUCUUCAUACUCAUAAUAUAGUGCAUGGAGAUAUCAAGCCUGAUAAUCUUUUAGUUACUGGUAAUGGCACAGUUAAGAUUGGUGAUUUCAGCGUUAGCCAGGUUUUUGAGGAUGGUAACGACGAACUUCGCCGUUCUCCUGGAACUCCUGUAUUUACUGCACCUGAGUGCUGUUUAGGUCUGACCUACCAUGGCAAAGCUGCUGACACAUGGGCAGUUGGAGUUACAUUGUACUGCAUGGUUCUUGGGAAGUACCCAUUUCUUGGAGAGACUCUACAGGAUACAUAUGACAAGAUAGUGAAUAACCAACUGUUGCUCCCUGACGAGAUGAACCCUCUAUUGAAGAACGUAAUUGAGGGGCUUCUCUGCAAAGAUCCAUUGCAAAGGAUGACACUUGAGGAUGUUGCACAACAUGCUUGGGUCAUUGGAGAAGAAGGGCCCAUCCCUCAGUUCUUGUGUUGGUGCAAGCGUGUCAAACUGCACGGGGCUGAAGAUGGGACCGGAAUGGAUAAUCUCGCGUCACAAUAA